AUGAACAAGGAACAGAAGCGAAGAAGCGACAAUCAGAAGAAUGGCCAUGAUGGCGAUGAUCAUGUCCACCGUAAAGUUGAGCAAUCGCUGGAUGGUAAGAAGAAGGUAAUAUGGCUGCUGCGUGGUAUCGAGGGAGCGGAGGUUGCGCACCGCACAUUGGUCUUGCCAGCCACCUAUGAGGCGCACGAGCAACGCGUCAUCAAGAAACAAAAAUGGAACAGCCUCCUCAUUCAACUACACAAAUUAAGCAAAGAGAGCGACGCAUUUGAAUCUGUUACCCAAUUCGAGCUCGAGGCCAUUUCUUCGCAGAUCCAAGUCCGGAUGGCGUGGAUUCGCCCUCAUGCCGUGAGGCUCGUCGACUCGUGGCAGAUUCCUGACUACUUACUUGACAGUGCCCUUGGACGCUACGGCGGACGAGUGUACGAGGACCUGUUCAAUCGAGCGCAUCGAUUGAAUCCACUCAAUCGGAUCACUUUCAAUCCUAAUUACUGGGACGAGAAGAUUUUGAUGGGGACCGGUGUGACAGGGCGAGAUGUCCUUGCCAAGUUGUGA